AUGAUUGGGUAUGGAAAGAGAAUAUUUAAAAUUACUUAUACAAUAAUAACUUAUUUAUAUUUCCUUUCAAAUAUUCAUAUUAUAAAAUCCCAGGCUGAAAAAAUGCCCCACUUUGAACUUAAUUCACUCGAAACUAUUGGAAGAAGUUUGAAAAAUACCAUUUUUGUAGAUAAUAUUGAAAAAGUUAAUUUUCCAUUAACAGAUAGUGGAUUUUCACCAGGACCCAAAAUUUACUUAAAUAAACAACUACUCCAAAAUACUAAAGAAGUUAAAAAAUUGUACAAAACAUUAAGAAAUAUGCUUACCAAAUUUUACAUUGAAGAGUUUGGAAUUAUCCUUACAUACCACAUGUCUCAAAUUGAAGAAAUCAAGUUUAUAGGAAUAGAUUCAGAUGGUCAUUUUAGACUGACAAAUCAUAAACCAAAGCUUAAAAAGAAAAAACUUCCCAAGUUAACCAAAAAAAUGAUCAAGAAAAGCAAGUUCUCAAAGUCAAAUACCUUGGAAGAAGUUGGAUUCAUCGACAAAGAAUUUGAUUCACAAAUUAAAAAAAAUGAAUAUUCAACUACUAACGAAAACGAAAAAUCACAACUCGAAUUUUUGAAAACAAGUCCCAUUUCAUUUCUCAAUAUGAAAAAUUCAAAUUCCAAAUUUAUAACUUUUGCAAAAGCAAGAAGUAUUAGAAAAUUACAUAUUAUCAGCUCUAAGGUUAAUAAACAAAUUGCAAUAUGUAAAUGCAAUUCUAACCAUAAAUUACACUUGAAAUUGAUUGUCUUGGCUCAAUCUCUUUUAUUUGUAAUUAUUAAUUCUAUUGAUACAAAUAACACACCUUGGUAUUCAAUGCCUGACUUUAUUGCACUACUUCUUGAAGAUAUUUUGAGAAUUACCAGCAUAAUGAGAUUUUUAGGACCAGUUUUUACCAAAUUUAAAAAUAUUAAAGAGUAUUAUAAAUAUUCAAAGAAACAUAUCAGUCGUAGUGAAAAAAAACACUUUUUAAAGUUCUUUAGUGAUAGAAAGAAUAGUUACCAAACAAAAUUCCUACUUCAAAUACUUGGAAUCACAAUUAGUUUCUUUGGGAAUGUCUUUAAUUCUUUUAUUGAAGAUUUUAAAAAUAGCCAAUCAUCUUUUGUGGAUUUAGCAACCCAGAUUGAAAUUUCAAAUCCAAACAAUUACGAAAAUACAAAAUCCAAAAAUAAAAACUUCUCAAAACAAGAUCUUGUUUUAAUCAGUGAAUAUAUUGAGAGGCUUCCAAAUAAAAAUAACUGUAUUAUUUACCCAAUGAUUGAAAAUACUUCUUCUAUUAAUAAACCAAAUAAAAGGUCAAUAUUUUCAUUGUGUUAG